AUGUCGACAGAAACAUUAUACGCCGGAUCCUGGGGUCAAGGACAGAUGAAAUCCCGGUCACUCGACAUAUAUACACACGACACAAAGGCUGUGAGCGAUAUAGCACUGGCCGAGUCAAGACCAGCAGCCUUCAACUCGAAGCAACGGAUGGGAUUCUGGUCAAAGUUCAAACGCUCCAAGAGCCAAAACAUAAGCAACUACAACACCAAACCAAACACAAUACCCCAGCGAGCAAAAUCAGACGCAAAUCUAGUAUGGUGUCCUGAACAGAAGAUAUGGCUCUUUGCACGCCAACCCAUCAGCCACUCGUCACCUUCCUCCCGAGAACAACAACUCAACUCAAAAUCAAAGCAUACUUCCACCACUACACUCCCACCGCGAGCCGAAUAUGAUGAAGACGAACUCCUUUUCGCCCAGCUACCAGGUCACUAUUGUCUGGGUAUAUACACUGAGGCCAACAACGAGCCCAUAAGCCCCUGUGAGCCAGACUAUUUUGACUUCUCGAGGCAAAAGGCCGUGCGCGAGAGCAGAUGGAUGGCAGUUGCCCAACGAAUCGGACCAAAGAGCCCCGUGGGAUGA